GAAGCGCAGAAGAUAACCUAAAAACAAAAAAAAAGUGCGAUCGAUGACUCAGUGUUCACAUGAAUUAUGGAAUAAAUUAAAGGAGGUUUACGAAUCCAAAGGACCUGCAAGAAAGGCUACGCUCUUACGUGGAUGUGCAACCGAAUCGCGGGACGAAUUACCUACCCCAGGUGCGCUUAAGAUAGAAUUAUUAAAAGAAGCUAAUUCUCAUCAUAAUUCAAAUACUGUGAAUGAUUACCAAGAAGCUCUACAAGUGGAAGAUUCAAAUAAACACAAAAGGUAUGAUAAAAAUAGAAAUUCUUCAAAUAAAAAUGCAUUUAUUAAAGCUAAUAAAGUAAAGCACAUUGAAUGUUUUUAUUGUCAUACGUGGACAUAAGGCAAAUCAAUGUUUGAAGAAGAAAAACAAUGAUCAUAAAGCUCAAUUAACACAUUCCUGAAAUACCCAAAACUUGACAAUGCUUAUAUGCUUCCAAUAUUCAGGAU